AUGACGCUCAAGAACCUACGACUGGGGAUUGCCAUUGGUCAUGGUACUGGCCGGGAGCUGACUGUCGUGUUUAAGAAAGUGAUCCAAGAGUUGGCACGCCAGCAUUCUCUACAGGUUGACUUCAUUGAAUCAUCCCGCAUAUACCAUUCGUAUCAUAGCCUCACGACUUCUAGAGAAGAGAAAGAUCUGAUCCAGCACAUCGCCGAGGAAACCACCCUGGAUGCAGAAGAGUACCGCAAGUUUUGCGAGACAGCAACAGCCAACGGGAUCGCAGCAAUCUUCCGAACAGCAAUCCACGCGCAGUCGCUCUAUCUGGUUAGGGGUCAGCUAAAGGCCGUGAAAAUUGAAAAUUUCAACCUGGGUGACUCGAAUGCGUUGCUCUUCAUUCGAGAUGAAGCGCAGGGCUUCUACGCUGGUGAGAAUGAAUAUCAUGAUAGUCAGCACAGCAUCAUACGAACGAGCCCUUUCACCCGUUCCACCUUUGAUCAGAUCCUCGAGUAUGCUCUAGAACGAGCCAAGGAGGAGUGGGGUGUGGAAAAUGUCCCCAAGACAGUCACCCUCGUUUACAAGUUCCAUCUGUUUGACGGCGUCUUCCAAGCCUGGGCACCCCACUGGCAGCACCGUUUCGGCAUAGAACUUGACUUCAUUCAGCCCGACACAAUGAAUCGGAACCUGAUGGCUUCGGGCAUCCAGGGUCGCCGCAUUAUCAUCGCGGGCAAUGAAUACGCGGACAUUAUCCAGCCUGUUUUCUUGAAAUGGUUCAGCAAUGCCACCAUCGAAACUAUGUGCGCAGAGAAUGUGUACUUGGGUCCCAGUCUGCAUCGUCUUAGCGAGUACCAGACGGUGCAUGGAUCUGCAGAUGCCAUCGCCGAGCAGGGCCUGGUCAAUCCAUUUGCCACUAUUCGCGCUGCGGCUGCCAUUUUAGAGCGACACGGAGGAUGCCCUGGUGUGGGCUUUCAAAGCCAGACGGAGAGAGUCAUUCAAACCCUGUUAAUGAAGAAGCUGACGACACCGGAUCAAGGUGGCUCUUGCAGCACGGAUGCGGUUGUUGAGCACUUCCUGCGCGCGAUGGCUGACCCUGCUACUAUUGACAACCCCUCUAUCGGGCGUGAUAUAGCCACAGGGCCGAUUGAUGCCAUGGCGGGCAAGAAGACCGCUGUGGUAGUAGUGGACUAUCAGAAUGACUUCAUCGCAAGCACGCCGAGCCAUGUGGUUUCGGAACUAUCCAGCACAAUGCCGCGUCUUGUACAAUAUGCUCGAAAUGAGGGCAACGAAGUCAUCUUCGUGCGCUUCCUGGGCAACUCUAGCUAUCAAGGGCCUAGCUGGCAGUGCCGGAAUGCACUGUUCGGAAAACCAGAGAAGUGCGUAGAGGACACCUGGGGCGCGGAACUGGGCUCGGGUGUCACCCCUCGCCCUGGCGAGCGGGUCUUUGACAAGAAGGCCUUAUUUGACUCCUUCCUCGUUCCGGAGUUCUCCGAGUAUGUGUCUGGACAGGGAUUUGAGCACUUGGUGCUGGCGGGAUUGUACAGUGAUGUCUGCGUUGAUGCGACGGCUCGAACAGCAUUUCAGAAGGGCCUGUGGGUCACGGUUGUUGAAGACUGUACCACUGCUUUGCAUUCAUACCACAACGAUCACCUGAAGUUCAUGGAGAAGGUCUAUGGGGCACGGAUUGUGAAGCUGGCAUCGUUGAUCGAAAUGAAAGCUUAG